GCUCAGCCUGCAGGUUGCUUCCUACCAGCCAUUGCUUCUAAUUCCAAAGGACAGGGUGUCUUUGCUGAGAAGUGAGGAGGAGCCUGUGCCUGGAGCCCUGUCGGUCUCUGAGUGACCAGCAAGGUGAAUCAGCAAAGGAUGGAACCAAAGCACAAGCAGCAGUACCAGAAGAACACCAGGCUGUCAACAAAGGAGCAGCAGGAUGCUAAGAGUGGAUGAAGCCCAGCAGUUCAUCUGGCAGAAACCUGCUUCUGAGAAACAGAAGAGAGGGGACGAAAGAGCAAAGAACAAGGCACAGCCUGCUCUUUUACCUAUGGCAAAUGUGGCCAUGAUUGAUUAUACCUUGGAGUUCUUAACAGCAACUGGAGUAGAAGAAACCUUUGUUUUCUGCUGUUGGAAGUCAGCUGAGAUAAAAGAGCAUUUACAAAGAUCCAAGUGGUGCCGCCACACCUCUCCCAACACAGUGCGGUUUGUGACUUCAGAGCUGUACCGCUCCCUCGGUGAUGUGCUGCGAGACGUCGAUGCCAAGUCCCUUGUUCGGUCUGACUUCAUUCUUGUCACUGGGGAUGUGGUAUCCAACCUCAAUGUAUCCAGAGCCUUGGAAGAGCACAAGUUGCGUCGUAAGAUGGAAAAGAAUGUUUCUGUGAUGACGAUGAUUUUCAAGGAGUCCUCACCUGGUCACCAUGCCAGGUGCAAAGAGGAUGACAUUGUUAUUGCUAUGGAUAGUGCCACAAAUCGUGUCCUCCACUAUCAGAGAACCCAGGGGCUGAAACGCUUCCGCUUUCCUAUGAGUCUGUUUCAGAACUCAAUUGAGAAUGUUGAGGUGCGCCAUGAUUUGCUAGAUUGUCACAUCAGCAUCUGUUCUCCACAGGUGGCUGAGCUUUUCACAGACAAUUUUGACUACCAGACACGGGAUGACUUUGUGCGUGGUCUGUUAGUGAAUGAGGAGAUCCUGGGGAACCAAAUCCAUAUGCAUGUAACGACAGAAGAGUAUGGUGCUCACAUAUGCAACCUACUAAUGUAUGAAGCUGUGUGCUCUGACAUCAUCAGGCGCUGGGUUUAUCCUUUGACUCCAGAGAUGAACUUCACUGAUGACAAGAAUCAGAGUUAUACCCAUUCUAAACACAACAUUUACCGGGGAGUGGACGUUAGCCUUGGUCAUGGCAGCAUGCUGAAAGAGAACGUACUCAUUGGGCAGGGAACAGUCAUUGGCAGCAACUGCUCAAUAAUGAACAGUGUUAUUGGGCAGAACUGCAGGAUAGGUAAUGAAGUCACGUUGGAUGGAGCUUUUCUUUGGGAUGGAGUGCACAUAGCAGAUAAUGUGCAGAUCCAGCAUUCUGUUAUCUGUGAUGAAGCUGAAGUGAAGGAGAAAGUAAAGCUAAAACCUCACUGUGUCCUCUCCUCACAGGUGGUUGUUGGUCCUGACAUCACUCUUUCAGAGGGCACAGUGAUCUCUCUACACCCACCAGAUGAGGAGGAGGAGGAUGACGAUCAGUUCAGUGAUGAUUCUGGUGUGAACAAGGAGGAGAGCAAAGUGAAGCUGAAAGGCUACAACAAAAAGGAUGUAGGCUCAGAAGGCAGAGGCUACCUCUGGAAAGCAGAUGACAAAAAUGAAGAUGAUGAAGAGCAGAGACAGAGUCUAUGGGGCCCAGCUAUGCUUUCAGAAGAAGAGAGUGAGUCAGACAGCGACCUGAGCAUGGGCUCUGAGGAGCCAGACAGUCGGGCAGCAUCCCCUCAGCUAGACGACAUCAAAGUUUUCCAGAAUGAGGUUCUGGGUACAUUACAGAGGGGUGAAGAAGAAAACAUUUCCUGUGACAACCUGGUCCUGGAAAUCAACUCUCUCAAGUAUGCAUAUAACAUCAGUCUGAAUGAGAUGAUGCAGGUGCUCAGUAAAGUGAUUCUGGAGUUCCCAUUACAGCAGCUGGAUGCAAACCUGGACUCCCAGAACUAUUUCUCAGCAUUACUUCCUCUGUUGAAGAACUGGACCCCAUUGUUUAAGAACUACAUAAAACGUUCAUCAGAUCACUUGAAUGCCUUAUUUGCCAUUGAGGAAUUCUUCCUGGAACACGACAGUCUUUGCACAUCAAUAGCUAAAGUGUUGAUGACGUUUUACCAGCUGGAAAUUCUGGAAGAAGAUGUAAUUCUCAACUGGUUCUCUCUGCGGGACACAUCUGACAAGGGAAAGCAGCUUCGUAAAAACCAGAGGCUUCAGAAGUUCAUCCAGUGGCUGGAGGAGGCAGAAGAAGAGUCGUCUGAUGGCGACCAAGACUGACAUGGUGACUUGGCAUGAGAAGAGGCACUCUCACUGCCUUUCUGGGCUGAGUGGGCAGGGCAAGAUCAGUGCCAGUGCAUGGUGUGUAGUUGUGGGGCCUGACAUCAAAGUGACUGACAAUCCCAUCACUAAUUGUGUUGAGCAUUCCCAACUUUGCCACUUCCCUCCCUCCCUGCCUCCCUUGCUUGCCUAGUGGCACGUUAUGUUGGAUGGUUGCAGCACAGUGUAAAAAAUAUGGGAAAAGCAGGAGGCAAUGACAUCUAGAAUCCCUGUGGAGCCUGGAUACGGUAUACUGUAAGCUAUCUUUUGGGAACUCCUUGUUACUAAUACAAAGGGAGCAAAUAAAUGCAAAAGCAUACUGCAUCCUUGUAAAUCAAACCAUUUGGGUCGUGGAAGAGUGGUCAUACAGCUAAGUUAUUGGGAGUCAUUGCUUCUGGAGCUAAAGAGAACUCCUGCUGAAGAGACACUGGCAAGGUUGGUAAGUAGAAGCAUGUGGAUUAGAAUCUGGAAUGCAGGACUGGGACUCCAGAGUUCCUGUGCCUUGAGAAGAUACAGUUAGUUAUUUUAGGAUGCCCAAGGCUCUUUGCAGUCCAGACGGUGUUUGUGAUCUUUACAAAAGGGAGAACCUCUUGCCAUCUGCUGUGCUAGUAUCUAAAGAAAGGUUGCACAGCAGAGUUGGUAAUACGAUGUGUUUCCCCUUUCUUUAGAACAGGGGAUGGUGUAAACUCAGCUCCCCUAACAGGGGUUGGCUAAUAGCAGAUGCUAUUCAGUGAAAUGCUGUACAGUUUACUACAUCUACACAUCCCCAGCUUAGCAGACACAUUGUUUUAGCAGUGUCUGUUUCUUUGUUUAUUGGUUUAUUUUUUAAUAAAAAGGGAGCAGAGAUGCCUAGCUCCUCCUGCUGCACAGCUACGCCUGUGUUUUGCUCUGUGGGCACUGACUGUGAACCAGCUGCUUUCAGGAGCAGCCUUUCAGGAGCAGCUUCUGUUCAUAGGUGGAUUAUAAGUUGGGUAUUCUGACCUUGCCUCUGCCCCUUCAGGAGGAGCAUGGAAUAAACCCCAUGAGAGGGAGGGGAAAUAAGCACUGGAGCUGCCCACUCAGGAUCUUGGCUGUUCCAUGGUGCCACAAAUGUCAGUGAGGGGACAGCAGUGGAUGCUGGAGGCUGGGGGUGCUGCCUCUUCCAAACUGAUGCUGCAGGGCCAUCUUGUGCACUCACACUACCAGUUGCCAGGAUUGUGCAUAACUGCUUGUUUUCUACAGUGCAAGCUCAGCCUUGUAAAUGUUGGAGAAAUGGUAUCUGAGUUUUCUGUAUCUGCCAUUAUUUAAUUCAGGGAGCAAAUAAAAACUAUCCUGGUGAUACUGGC